CUCGAAGGCGCCAAUGCGAUUCAGUGUCUUCGUUGCUCUGCUCGUGGCCACCUUGGUCGCGUGCUACUCCAGUCUUGCCAUCGCCGAGAACUCACCCGCCUUCCCCAAUAAGGACAACAAUGGCCGCCGUCUUCAAGCUCAAAAGGUUGCGGAAGCGGCAACUCAUGCUAUCUCCGGACAAGCUGAUGACCAAUUGCUGAAGUAUGCCUUGAAGUUGUCCAACGCUGCCAAAGGAGACGAAGCUGCUAUCAAGAAAGCCAGUGAUCUCGCAGCUCUAGCGAAGGCCACUGCGAAAGCCACUGAUGACGAAGUGGCCGCGGUGACAAAAUUGGUGAAGGAGGCCAGGGGAGAUGAGGCUCAUACUAUGAGAUACAUCCUCGGUUUUGCCCAGAAGGAAGGCAAGAAGAGACUGUGA